AAGGGAGAACCAUCAGAGCAGAGUGAAGCUGUGGACAUUCACAAGAUGGUGAAGAUGCAGUGGAGUCUGUUUGUGUUCAUUGUGAUGGGUCAGUGUUCCUCCAUUGGGGGUCACCUGUAUAACUACCACUUCAUUCAGAAGAAUAAGACUUGGAAAAAAGCCCAGCAGUAUUGCAAAGAGAACCACACUGACCUGGCCACAGUGUCUAACCAGACAGACAUGAAGAGACUCCUUAACUCCACGACUGCACAGUAUGAAGGCGGAGCCUGGAUUGGGCUGCAAAACAACAAACCAAACACCGUGUGGCGCUGGUCUCAGCCAGGGGUGGAGUUCAACGAGACUGAGAGUAAAUGGUCUACAGGACAGCCGGAUCAUAAAGGCUGUGUUGAUAAAAACCGUCAGGAGAACUGUGUGAUGAUGAAUUAUGGCACAUGGGAUGACAUCUCUUGUUCUAACACCUUUAAAUUUAUCUGCUAUGACGUACAGAAUAAAUCCGGGAAAACAUUUAAUAUCAUUAACUCUGAGAAGACCUGGCUAGACGCUCAGAGCUACUGCAGAGAACAUUACACUGACCUGAUCAGUGGAGUCAAACAGCUAGAAGACUUCAAGACACAGAACCUGAUUGAUGUAGGAAAAACUUUCUGGAUCGGCCUGUUCAGAGACUGCUGGAGUUGGUCAGAUGGGAGCAGUUUCUCUUUCAGAUCCUGGGAUAAAAAUGAACCUAAGGAUGAUGACCCUAAGAAGUCAUGUGCUAUGACUACGUCAGAUGGAAAAUGGAGCUCCGAUGAGUGUGAUAAAACCAAACCCUUCUUCUGCUACAACGAUUCAGUGAUCCUGAUCAACCAGAGCAUGACCUGGGAGGAAGCGUUAUACUACUGCAGAGAUCACCAUGGCGACCUUGUCUCCAUCACCAACCUGGACGAUCAGCGCUGGGUCCAGGAGAGAGCCAAGAUGGCCUCCACUCCCCAUGUGUGGAUGGGACUGCGCUACACCUGCACUCUGGACUUGUGGUUCUGGGUCAGCGACGAGAUGGUCUGCUACAAGAACUGGGGCCCUGGCCAGCCUGGGAACAACUGCAGCAUGUCUGGAGCCAUGGCCCGAGAGGGAACUUGGGUCAAAAUGAUCAACGACAACCAGCUUAACUUCAUCUGUUCCAAGUAAAAACCAGCAGAAUGUAACUAAGUACAUUUACUCAAGUACUGUACUUCAGUAAUAAUGUUGUUGAGAUGAGGUACUUUACUUAGAUCUCAAAGUAAAUAUUUCAAGUAAAAAAGUUGUAAUAUUUUAAGAAAAAAAUCAUAAUAUUUCAGGAAGAAAGUAGUAAUAUAGAUGUUUUACUUUACAUUUUAACAGUGUGGGAUUAAUACUUUUACUUAAGUUAAGGAUGUGUUUUAUUCAUUUACUCACUUUGUUUGCAGUGGUGUGACGUUGACUUAGGGCGCUGACACACCAGGCCUAUUAUCGGCCGUGGGACAGUAUGGU